AUGGAACAACAAAGUGGAAAAGUAAUCCCAAUGACCAAUGAUUUCACAAUGAAAGUUCCAGCAUUGAAACCAGAAAGCGCAUUCAGACAAUCAAUGGUAAUUGUACCAAAGAGAGCUGGUGUUUUCGAUAUUAACAUGUUCGUUGAAAGUGAAUUUGGUGGUGAUUGUGAACGUAUGAUGUUACGUGUUUGGGGAGCCGGUUUAAAACCAACGACUGGUGAAAAGUCGUCUUAA